UUUUUUUUUUUUUAAUAUAUAUUUGAAUUUAUUCUUUAUUAUAAUGCAAUUAUGAUUUAUGAUAUCGUGAUAUUUAAAGUAGCUUUUUCGAUUUAUAAAAUAAUAAUAAAUUUUAUAUUAAAUUCGUUUGAAGAAUUAGUGUUGCGUUGAAAAAUAAUCGCGUUUUUUUAUAGUAGUUUUGCGUUUUUUUGCUCAAAUUGCCCAUAUUUCUUCCACUUGGACUGUGGAAGUAUCAAGUUCCUGAAUCACCUAUUACAGUCAAAAAAGCUGUAUGAAAGGUGAUUGUACGACGGCAGUCUCUGACUAUGGCUGCAAUCUUCCGCUAUUAUAUAGUGUUGCGUCUAUAAUAAAAAAAUUAUGAGUGCAUAAAUUAGUUUAUUAGAGUUUCGUAUAUGUUUUCGCGAAUCUUUUAUCCUUUUUUUUUUUAUCCUUUUUUUUUGCUGAUAUAGAAUUGCAUUGAAAGUACAGUGAAGCACUCUUCGCGUUUUCUUUUGACAUUUUAGCAUUUUAGUGUUGCGAAAUAGAAAUAAAUUCCACUCACGGUUUGUUCGGAUUUACAUUGGGUGGAUAAUUAUUUUGGUUACCCUUCUGGUUACCUUUUCGUCGUUUUUUUCAUUUCAGCACCCCCUUAUUAAGAACGUUUGUUAUUGAAAAUACUGUUAAAAUAUGUAUUUCUUUCUUAUCGAUGAAUAUCUCCCAUUUAAAAUAAUGAGUUGCUUAACAACAUUUUGAUAAUUUGUUUUUUUUUAAUUAAAUUUUUCCUUUCUUUUUCUAGGUGUAAAUUAUUUUUAAUUAUUAAUCCAGUAAUUGAGUUUGUUACAGAUAUGAAAUAUGAAAAAUAGAAGAAAAUAAACAGGAAAAAAUAGAUAGAUAAUAAUGUGUUAUCCUCAUUUGUUGGAAAUUAAUUACCUUUGUUAUUGUUGUUGUUUCACUAAUUCUGUUCUAUAGUUUGUUUCAGAAAUCUCCUUCAGCUUUCAACAAUGGAUUAUGUGGAAUGGAUUACAUCUUAUCAUCAGAUAAAUAUUCUAAUUUUAUAUAAUAGGUAAUAUAGAAUAGGUUGUAGGAAACAUUUAGCUUUUUUUCUUGAUAGAUGGGAUUUAUAAACGAUGUUCUGUUCUUCUUCUUCUUAUUGUUAAAAAAAGCAGCUUCGCUUUCCCCACUUUGAUUCGUUUUCCAAAUCAACAUUUCCUAUUUUUCAAGGCAAUAUGAUCAUUUUGCUAUCCUUAAUUCCUUAAUUUCCUCAUUAUAAACAAAUGCUUGAUACUUGAUAGCUACAUGACUUUGUUCAUUAGCCAUCAUUGGUAUAUACUGAUUUGCAUUUUCCUCUUGCCACAUGUGGUUUUAUGUCGUAUCACAAAUUUUUUGGAAUUUGUGUGUCAUCAAUCAGUGUGAAUGUAAAUAUGAUGAAUGUUGAUACGAAGAGAAUUUGUUAGAUGUUCAAUCAAAGCUGAAUUAGGAACAAAGUGUUUAAAUUCUUAUAUAGAUAAGAAACAUAAAAAAAAAACUUUCAGAAUAAAUUAAAUGUUAAUGUUAUAUUUUUAAUUCAAGUUUGUUUCAGGAUUUCUUACAGGAACAGAAGAUUGUAUAAUUGAUUAAAAAAAAGUGUAUUUAAAAUUAAGUGCAUGCAGAAUCAAGGGUAUUAAAUAAAGUUAUGUAUUGUAGAAAAGUAGAUACUGUAGAUAAAAUGUUAUAGUAAAAUGCUUUCUGGGAAGCUUAUUUCGCUUAUUUUUUUUCUAUUUUUUGCGCACGCCUUUUAUCAUCAAUCAUUUUUCAUUUCUACACCGAUGGAAGUCUAAAAUAUUGAUGGAAAGUCUCUUAAUUUAAAUUUUAUUUUUUCAGAUUUAAUCUGUGUCGUCGGUUCUUUUUUCUGACUCCUUUUGCUGCUCGUGUUGCACAACGAUCAAAAGUUUGAACGUUUUGCAAACAUACAUCGAAAGGAAUUUGGUUGUGAAUAAAUUAAUUUUUAAUGUUAAUGGUGGGUGGAUGGGACGUCGUGGUUAUGGUGAGUCUCCAAUUCGCAGCAAGCUGUGAGAUCUGGGAAAUCAUAUUAUUUAUUAUAUAAUAUAUAAUUAUAAUAUGGAUAACCGGUGAUACAUUUAUUUAUUUUAUAAUAUAUAAUAUGAACUAAUUGGCUGCAAGCGCGUUUAUUUUCUUCCUAAAUACAAUUUUUUUCAUAUAAGCGAUGGAUAUAAUUCUCACGUCAUUUUUUAAAAUUAUAGUUUGAUGUUUUUCUUUUUUUGUAUCUUUAAUUAAUAAUAUUCUGUAUGUAUUUAUAGUUUACCGCAAUAGAUGGCGUUGCCAGAUUAAUUUUUCUUGGUUGAUAUUUCAGAAUAAGAUAUUUCGUCGAUCUAUUUCUGAUCAGUAUUUCAGUUAUACUACACGAUUCUUCUAACACUUUGGCUCUAAUAGAUGGCACUAAUUUCGUUUCCAUUUCCUUUUUUAUUUUAUGUUUUCUUUUCGUUUGUAUAUUUCUAUGAAAUUUGUAUAUAUUCAAAUAAUUUUAUAAUUUGAUUAAUAAUCUGUAUUUGAUUAAUAAAGUCGGUAAGAAAUAAUAGAAAUAUGAAAUGUUUUUACUUUGAUAUAAUUUUCUAUUGAAAUCUUUUUUUUCGUAUUCAAUGAAUGAUAUUGUUAUCGUUGAGCAUUAGAUAUUAUAUAUAUUUAUAUGUAACGGAAUAAUAAAUGCAUUAUAUUAUGAAAAAAUUUUUUUUAUUAUUUUCAUGUAGAAAUUUUACAAACUCAUGAGUAAUACGAUAUUUUUAUAAUCAUUUGGUCUCAUGUCAUUUACCUAAGUGGUCGCAAAAUAAGCAAUUGCGAUCUUGAUGACAUUUCAUGGAAUUCGUCGAACAAAAUUGAUGGAAAAUGAAAUUAAAACAUGUCGAUAUAAUCAACGUAAUAUAAGCGUGUCAAACAUUAUCGCGAUUCGACAUCUUCAUUUGCUUGUUCUUCUUUUCUUUGCUCAGUUUUCGAUGGAUAUUUGUAACGAGUGUUGAGAAGGUUCAUUCGAAAUACAUAAUAGAAUGAAUAGUAAAUAUCUGAAUGCUCGUAACAUGUAUAAAAAGAAACUGAGGAAGGGAUGUUUAUCAAAAUUCGCGCAAACUAUAAACUCAUUUUUUCGCAAUUAUUGCGAAAAUACAGCACUACAUGGUUUUCGAUACAUCAUUAUAGGCAAAACGACUUUUCAUAAAAUAAUUUGGUUAACGAUCUGUGUGGCAGCAAUUAUCUUUUGCGCAAUAAUGAUGUUACGUCUAUCGCUGUACUAUUUGAACAAUCCUACAGUGACGAUAAUUGACACAUCGAAUCCCAUAAAAGAAUUACAUUUUCCAGGUAUCACUAUAUGUAACAACAACAAAGUAUACAAACCUCAUGCUGAUAAAAUCGCACAAAAAUUGCUGAUGUAUGGAUUCAAUAGAGACAUGACUAACAAAUUGUUCUCUUCUCUGAUGAAACUGAUACGGCCAGACAAAAUUGAGAUCGAUAACGCAACUGCGUCCUGGGCCCUCGACAUUCUUGGUUAUACUGUGGAGAAACUUAUGCUCGAGUUGAUGCAACCUUGCGACCUGUUGCUAGUGAGAUGCGGUUGGUUGGGACAACUUUACAAUUGUAGUAAAAUUUUCAAAAUAGUGAAAUCGAAGGAGGGUUUCUGUUGUGGUUUUAAUUAUCAUUCUAUCGAUUACAAUAAUAAAUUUUCAUGGUUGACAAAUUAUACGAGGGCUAUUGACAACAAAGAAACGAAUUCUUCCGAUCUUCUACCAGGUGUUAGCCGCGUUCUGAAUGUACCUGGAACAGGACGUGACAUAGGUUUGGCAGUGGCGUUGAAUAUCGAUGCUAAAAAUUAUAAAAGUUCGGUAAGACAAUUUGUAGGUGCCACAAUUUUGAUCCACGAUCCAUUAGAUUAUCCGGAUGUCGGUGCACAAUCUGCGAGUUUGCAACCGGCCCAUGUAAUGUCGAUGACACUUACAGGCACGAAAAUAAAAAGCUCGAAAGAUCUUCAGCAUAUACCUCUAAUUAAAAGGAUGUGCCUGUUUGAUGAUGAGCUACCUGCAGAUAUAAAUUACACAUUAUACGAUGGGAACCAGAAAUAUAAUUAUCAAACAUGCAUCUCGAAAUGCUUACAAAAGAAAAUUCAUGGCUUUUGUGGAUGCUUGCCCUUUUUUUUCCCUGAUGAUCAUCCAUACGAGCGCACUUGUUAUUUGACGGAUGUGGAUUGCAUUCUGGCUCGUAGGAGAAAUCUGUCGCAGAUACAAUCAUUGCACAUCAACGAUUGCGAUUGUCUUCCACAAUGUAGCGAUGUAAAUUACGAAAUAGUUACUGAAUCGAUACCAAUGGACAACGCAGAAUUUGAUUCUGAAAUAACGCGUGGCUUAAACCUUAAUAGCACUUCGUUUCUGUACGCUUAUUUUCGAGAUGGCACGUAUCUCGAGUACCGGAAGCAAACUAUCUUAGGAUGGGACAAUCUUCUCGCUUCCUUUGGAGGAAUCUUUGGACUUUGCCUGGGUGGUUCGGUGAUAAGUUUCGUUGAAUUCUUUUAUUAUUUCAUAAUUGACUUUUUUUCCGUUCGUAAAAAGAAAAAAACACAACUGAUGGAUGUACCGCCUGCUUCUAAAUUAUUCAACUCCGUUCCGAUAAACGUAAAUUUGAAAAAAUACAAUACGUCAACUCUGAAUGAACGUAUUUUCCUUGCAUGGAAUCAGCAACUUCCCAAAGGAAUUUGGAAAAAUUCUGAUAAUAAACUCAUUUUGCCAGUCAGAAGAUGCUUCAAAUGUGAAUGAAAACGUUGGCUUAGCAAACAGUAGAGCACAAAAUUGGCCGAACUCGAUAUCGCAUUCAAGAGAGUAGCGUACAUACGAAAUCUGUUUAAAUACGUGAAUAUUAAUGUAAAUUUAAAUGUAAUUAUUAAUAAUAUAUUAUUAAAUUUUCAAUCAAGAAUAUUUAAGAUAAUGCACAAUGUAUUGAUGUAUUAAUAAUAUUGUUAAUGAUACAUCGUGUGUAAGUAAUCGUUAAUUUUGUAGAAAAAGUUAUAAGACAGAAACAUUAUGUAAUAAAACACUUCUUAACAAUA